AUGUCAGUAAUGGAUCAACAGUCAGGCAUGUUCAACGUUCAACAAACCGUCGGAAGCGUCCUCUGUUGCAAAUGCGGUGUUCCCAUGCCGCCAAACGCCGCGAACAUGUGCGUGAAUUGCCUCCGAUCCGAAGUCGACAUCACCGAAGGUUUGCAGAAGAGUAUCCAGAUCUUCUACUGCCCUGAGUGUGGCUGUUACUUGCAGCCGCCGAAGACUUGGAUCAAAGCUCAGUGGGAAUCGAAAGAGCUCUUGACCUUCUGCAUCAAGAGGCUCAAGAACCUCAACAAGGUGAAGCUCAAGAACGCCGAGUUCGUCUGGACCGAGCCUCACUCCAAGAGAAUCAAAGUGAAGAUCACUGUGCAAGCCGAGGUUCUCAACGGUGCGGUGCUUGAGCAGUCGUACCCUGUUGAGUACACUGUGAGAGACAAUCUCUGCGAGUCUUGCUCGAGGUUCCAGGCGAAUCCUGAUCAGUGGGUUGCUUCUGUGCAGCUUAGGCAGCAUGUCUCUCACAGGAGGACUUUCUUCUACCUUGAGCAGCUGAUUCUGAGGCACGACGCUGCUUCAAGAGCUAUCAGAAUCACGCAGGUGGACCAAGGGAUUGAUUUCUUCUUUGGGAAUAAGAGUCAUGCUAAUAGCUUUGUUGAGUUUCUGAGGAAAGUUGUGCCGAUUGAGUACCGUCAGGAUCAGCAGCUGGUGUCUCAUGAUGUCAAGAGCAGCUUGUACAACUACAAGUACACUUACUCUGUCAAGAUCUGCCCCGUGUGCCGUGAGGAUCUUGUUUGCUUGCCUUCGAAAGUCGCUAGCGGAUUAGGGAACCUUGGCCCGCUUGUGGUGUGCACGAAAGUGUCUGAUAACAUCACUCUUCUUGAUCCGAGAACGUUGAGGUGUGCGUUCUUGGACGCGAGGCAGUACUGGAGAUCCGGAUUUCGGUCUGCGCUCACUAGUAGGCAGCUUGUGAAGUACUUUGUGUUUGACGUGGAGGCUCCUGUUGGUGAAGCGACGGUUGGAGGGCAGAAGUAUGCUCUCUCCUACGUCCAGAUUGCUAGAGAGUCUGACAUUGGGAAGAUGUUUUACGUGCAGACUCAUCUCGGUCACAUUCUGAAACCUGGAGAUCAAGCUUUGGGGUAUGACAUUUAUGGUGCUAAUGUGAACGAUAACGAGAUGGAGAAGUAUCGUCUGAGUGUGAAGAAUGGGCUUCCUGAAGCGAUUCUGAUCAAGAAAUGCUAUGAUGAGCAGAGGGAGAGGAAGCAGAGGAAGACGCGUAACUGGAAGAUUAAGUCGCUUCCGAUGGAGAUGGAUGAUUCAAGAGGAGGUAGGGCUGAUCCGGAGAAGACGGAUAAGGAGUAUGAGGAGUUUUUGAGGGAUCUUGAAGAGAACCCUGAGCUGAGGUUCAACAUAAGCUUGUACAAGAACAAGGAGUAUCAAGCUUCUGAGACUGGUUCGAUGACGGAUGGAGAAGGUGCACCGACUGUGCCUAUUGAGGAGUUGCUUGCUGAUCUUGACCUCAGUGAAGACGAAGAAGAGGAAGACAUGGAUGAGUAA